CAAUUGUAGGCCUUUUCUCCCUCUCGAGUCAGCCAGCCAAGAGAACAGACCCUCUAGGGCUAAUAAGCAAGCUUCUCUUCUUGGUUUCACUUCAAAUCAAAGCCCCGAUCACUGCACAUUGCAGCCCCAAUUCAGUUUGGUUAAACUCUAGGUUGGUUAAAAGUACUGGGUGCAAGCACAAAGUGAUUGAAUAGAAGAAAGGGAACAAAGAGAAGAAAAGGAACUAUGGGUCGGCCGGAGCCUUGCAUAUUGUUUUCCCAGACAUUUGUUCAUAACCAAUUAGAUGAGUAUGUUGAUGAGGUGACGUUUGCUGAUCCUAUUGUCAUAACUGCCUGUGAAUUUUUGGAACAGAAUGCUUCAUCAACAUCACCCGCAGUAACACUUAUGGGAGCUACUUCUCCCCCAUCAUUUGCCUUGGAGGUUUUUGUUCAGUCUGAAGGGGAGGCAAGGUUUAGGAGGCUUUGUCAGCCUUUUUUGUAUUCACAUUCUUCUUCAAAUGUGCUUGAAGUUGAGGCUGUUGUAACUAAUUAUUUGGUUGUAAGGGGCAGCUACAGAAGCCUUAGCUUGGUUAUAUAUGGAAACACAGCAGAAGAUCUGGGACAAUUUAAUAUAGAAGUUGAUCUGGAUAGCUCCCUUACCAAGACUGUUUCUGUUGUUGAGGGAAGCCUUGAAGAUCUUCCUUUUGCAUUACAGAGAACUAAUCCGACUGAUAAAAUUAUCUGUCCUCUAAAGGCGUUAUCUAUAGAUCUUGUUGCACCUGAUAUAUCUGUUGAGAUAAAGCACUUUUUACAUUUGACCUUCAAGAUUCUUGAGCUUACAAAUCCUGGAGAUGCAAUUAAAACAGCUGUUAAUGCUGUUGUGUCUGCAGCCUCUAAUCAUGCAACUCAUAGCUUGCAUUACUUGAUUAACAGUAACAACAAAUAUCCGGAGAGUAGAUUUGAAAAGAGUGUCAGGUGUAAUUGUGAUUUUACAGAGACGAGGAAGGAACUUAUGUGUGUCUACAACUGCGCAGAGUAUGUUUCAGGAAAUGCAACACCUGAAUUCUUACAAGGGACUGGUCUUUCUGAAUUUGAGGCAGAACCCGUUUCGACCAAGCAAUUGAUGGAUAUGUUUAGUGAGUACUUCAAAAUUAGUAUUAGUACUGGAGUUAGAGGACAUCCACAGCUUUCAGAGAAGAAAAACAUUAUGCUGUGGGCAAGUUUGGCUCUUUUCUUUUGUUUGGCCAAAGAGAGCUGCUUUCACUUUGUCAAUGGUGGUGGCUUGAAGCAGCUUGAACUUUUAUUUUCCCAUGGCCAGAAGUCUAGUGCUGUUACAUUGAUGUUACUUGGAGUUGCUGAGCAGGCUACGCGGCAUUCAGUUGGGUGUGAAGGAUUACUAGGUUGGUGGCCGAGGGAUGAUGAAAAUGUCCCUUCUGGUUUCAGUGAAGGUUAUAAUCAAUUGCUGAAGUUGUUACUUCAAAAGCAGCGGCAUGAUGUUGCUUCUCUGUCAACAUUUGUACUUCAGCGACUGCGUUGUUAUGAAGUUGCUUCCAGAUACGAGUAUGCAGUAUUAUCUGUACUAGGUCUUUCUUCUAGUGGAAAGGCUACAACUGUCACUCUAGACAUGCUAUCAAGUGCUAAACUUCAACUGAAAAAGCUUGCGAAAUUAAUAGAUUGCCAUGGUCCAAUUGAAGAUCCUUCUCCAGUGGCUCGUGCAGGCCGAUCAUUGUUGCUUGGUGAAGAUGAGAAUCUGUUGUCAUAUAAAGCUACUAGUAGAUUGGUUACUGCAUCAAAAUGUUGCUCCUCUAAGCGAGAUAUGGAUCCACACUUGCUACUUCUUCUCAAGGAAAGGGGAUUCCUUCCACUGUCGGCGGCUUUGUUGGCAUCAUCUAUAUUGCGCUCUAAAGUGGGACUUCCUAAGGAGCUAGUGUUGGAUAUUACAACGUAUAUUGAGGCUAUAGUAAUAUCUCUUCUUUAUUGCCGCUCAGGCUUGCUCUUUCUUCUACAUGAUCCUGAGGUAGCUACUACUGUUAUUCUUGCCCUAAAAGGAGUUGAUUCUAAGAAGGAGUACUCCAUCCCUCUUCGUUAUGCAUCUUUCUUAAUAUCAAAGGGUUUUUUUUGUCCCCCACAUGAAGUUGGAAUCAUUGUGGAAACACACUUGAGGAUUGUUAAUGCUAUAGAUAGUUUAAUCGCAUCAAAGCCACAGUCUGAAGAACUUUUGUGGUCAUUAUGGGAGUUAUGUUGUCUUUCAAGGUCUAGUUGUGGUCGCAUGGCUUUGCUGGCUGUUGGACAUUUUCCCGAGGCUGUUGGAGUUUUGAUGGCUGCUUUGCAUUCUGUUAAGGAGUAUGAUACACUUUCCAUGACUACUGGAACAUCGCCUCUAAAUCUUGCAAUAUUUCACUCGGCCGUGGAAAUUUUUGAGGUCAUUGUUACUGAUUCAUCUCCUGCUUCCCUGGGAUCUUGGAUAGAACAUGCCAAGGAACUUCAUAGGGCCCUACAUUCCUCUUCCCCGGGGUCUAGUAGAAAAGAUGCUCCUACAAGGCUUCUUGAGUGGAUAGAUGCUAGUGUUGUGUAUCAUAGAACUGGAGCUUCUGGUCUUUUGCGUUAUGCUGCUGUAUUAGCCUCUGGAGGUGAUGGACACAUUGCUGCUUCGAGUAUAUUAGCAUCUGAUGCAAUGGAUGUUGACACUGUUGUUGGAGAUAUAUCAUCUAGUGCUGAUGGAAAUCUUAUAGAUAAUCUACUUGGAAAAUCAAUUAGUGAAACAAAAUUUCUGGGUGUUACUCUUAGGGAUUCGUCUGUAGCUCAACUGACUACAGCAUUUAGGAUUUUGGCCCUCAUUUCAGACAACUCGGCGGUUGCUAUCGCUCUGUAUGACGAAUGUGCCACAACAGUUAUCCAUGCGAUUCUCAUUGACUGUAGCCUCAUGCUUGAGAGGUCAUCAAACAACUAUGAUUACCUUGUUGAUGAGGGCACUGAGUGCAAUUCCACCGCAGAUCUACUGCUGGAACGAAACCGUCAGCAGGGCCUAGUUGAUCUUUUAAUACCUUGUCUCGUAUUGCUGAUUAAUCUUUUAAAGAGAUUGGAGGAAGCAAAAGAGCAGCACAGGAACACCAAACUUCUAAAAGCCCUCUUACAUUUGCAUCGAGAAGUGAGUCCAAAAUUAGCUGCGUGUUCUACAGACUUGUUCUAUCCUUAUCCUGAAAUUGCUCUUGGGUUCGAAACUGUUUGCCAUCUUCUUGCAUCAUCACUUGCUUGCUGGCCUCUGUAUGGUUGGACUCCUGGCCUUUUCCACUUUCUCCUUGACAGUCUUCAUGCAACUUCAAUACUCGCACUGGGUCCAAAGGAAACCUGCAGCACAUUUUCACUUUUGAAUGACCUAUUACCAGAUGAAGGUGUCUGGCUUUGGAAGAGUGGAAUGCCCAUAUCAAGUGCUCUUAGGACAUUGGCUGUUGGAACAUCAUUUGGAACUCUGAAAGCGCAAGAGACUGAUUGGUACUUGCAUGAUGGGAAUCCCGAAAAGAUGCUCAGCCAGUUAACCCGUCCGUUGCUUGACAAAAUUGCACAGAUAAUAAUACACUAUUCAACCAGCACAUCGGUGGCUAUACAAGACCUGCUUCGGGUUUUCAUUAUUCGUAUCACGUGCAUAAGUCCAGUUAAAGCAUCUGUGCUUCUUCAACCGCUGAUACUCUGGAUUCGCGAUCACCUCUCAGAUCUGUCUUCAUUAUCCGAUGUAGAUGCAUGGAAGGUAUAUAGAUCGCUAAGUUUUUUUGCAAUCUUGUUGGAGCAUCCACGUGCAAAGCCAAUAAUGACAGACGGGGUUCAGAUGCUUUCACAAGUGCUUGAGAUAUGCAUAGAUGUUACUGACUUGGAUGCCACCCAGUAUUUGGGAGACAAGAACUUUCCAUUUCUGCUUAGUUGGUGUGUUCCUGUAUUUAGGUCCAUCUCCCUGAUCUCUGAUCCUACUACACCGGUGCAAUAUCCAGGCAUGUAUGAUAGAUACAAAUUGAAAACUUUGACAGCUGAAGAUUGUUCUAAAUUGCUGUUCUAUUGCCUUAAACUCUGCAAGGUCCUCCCUGUUGGAAGGGAAUUGGUUGCUUGUUUGUUGGCCUUUAAAGCAAUAAGUUCGUCUGCUGAAGGCCGAAGUGCUUUUCAGUCUAUAUAUUUGUGCGUACGGUCUUCUGGUGAUCAGGAGCUUAAAUCUGAGGCUAAGCAUGGAGGAGAUGGGAAAUUUUUUACAAUUGAUGCACCUAAAUGGAAGAAGCAUCCUCCAUUAUUACAUUGCUGGCUUACUUUAUUAAGAUCUAUUAGCUCCGGAAAUUUGCCACAGGUGCAUGCAGUUGAGGCUCUUGCUGCAUUAUCUUUAGGUGUUCUGCGCUUUGUUCUGGAUGGAAAAAGUUUAAACAUGGAAAGGGUUGCUACAGGAAAGUUCCUUUUUGGGAUUUCCUCAGGUGGAACUGAAGAAGACGAUUUUUCAGGAGACAACAUAAAGUAUGUACAAGAGUUGAUUUCCUUGUUGGCUUUAAAGAUAAGUGAUCCUGAAUAUUCAGCUCCCUCUGGUAUGAGUAAAACUCUGCAUGAGGUUAAGGAGUCAGCAGAAUCAUUGCUGCUAUUAUUGCAGAUAUCCCCUGAUUCUGACCAGCAGAAUUAUUUUAUCUCUAGAGCACGUUCGUUGUUAUCAUUUGGUGUUCGAAGUUCUUCAAAGAUACACAUGCUAAAGGAUUGCAGCUCUGAGAGGGUAGAAGAUUUUAGUCUGCCUGGAUUUGGGGAUAAGUUUCUGUGGGAAUGUCCGGAAAAUUUACGCGAUGGUAUGUCACAAACGGCUCUUUCUGCAAAAAGAAAAAUGUCUUCACUGGAAGGAGUAAGCAGGCGUCCCAGAGACCAGUCCCCUGCAGAGACUCUGGCUCAGAACUCAUACUCACGAGGUUCAGGAGCUGCUAAUUCUUCUGUCCCAUCUCGUAGAGAUAACUUCCGUCUGCGGAAGCCAAAUACCAGCAGGCCACCGUCUAUGCACGUGGAUGAUUAUGUUGCUAGAGAAAGAAAUGUUGACGGUACUACUAGUUCUAAUGUAAUUACUGUCUCAAGAGUAGGACCUACAGGUGGGAGACCUCCAUCUAUUCAUGUUGAUGAAUUUAUGGCACGACAGAGAGAGCGCCAGAAUCCUGUGGGAAUGACUUCUAAUGAAGCAGCACAAGUAAAAGCUGCAAAUCCUGAAAAGGAAGCUGAUGCAGAGGUUGGUAAAUCUAAGCAAGUCAAGCCAGAUCUUGAUGAUGAUCUUCAAGGAAUUGAUAUAGUGUUUGAUGGUGAGGAGUCAGAUUCUGAUGAUAAACUGCCAUUUCCUCAACCGGAUGACAAUCUUCAGCAGCCUUCUUCGGUUAUUGUUGAGCAGAAUUCUCCUCAUUCAGUUGUUGCAGAGACAGAGAGUGAUAUAAAUGAUAGUCAGUUUUCUGGCAUGAGCACACCGAUAGCAUCAAACUUCGACGAAAACACUUGGAAUGAUUUCUCUUCAAGGUCAGCGAAAUCACAACAAAAUAUGUCACUAACUCGAGAAGGGAGUGUUUCAACAGAUAAAAAGUAUAUCAGGCAGUCUGAGGAUGCAAAAAAUUUUGCAGCAACAACCUCGAGUGGGUUUGGUUCGAUGUAUGGUAGGAACUCUAGACCUUCAGCACAAGUAGAAUCUAGAAUGCCCCGGCCUGGUUAUUAUUCUAAAAAUAAUCCACAAGCUGUGGUUAGUUCUCAGGGAUAUUAUGACCAAAAAUUUCAGUUGAAUCAACCACCUUUACCUCCCAUGCCACCUCCACCAACAGUCUCACCUGCUCAAAGUGCAGAGGCUGCUCAAAUUCAACCGGCUCCAUUUGUCAGUGCAGUAGCAGAUAUGCAGCCUUCCCUCCCCCCUGGUUUUCAUGUUCGGGCAGAAUACGCUUCUCCUGGAGGGUCUUCCAGGGCUCAACCACCACUUCCUCCUACACCACCUCCUUAUUCUGUCAACAUCUCUAAUUUUCAGUCUUUUAAGCCCUCUAGUUCCCAGCCACAUUACAAUCAGAGUAGUGGUGGAUCAACUGACUUCCAGCAUACUAAUGUUAUACCUUCUAGUGAUACUCGAUUAAAUAGCCUUCCAGUUUCAGGGGCCACAAUGAAUUCAUAUGCUCCUUUGAUACAGCACUUAAUUUUUAGUAGGCCCAAUUCAGUUCCCGUCAGUGUAUAUGGAAGUAGCUCAUCUUCCCAUCCAGGAGAUAAUCCUUCUAGCAUCUCACAAAAUUUCCCUAUUGCUUUAUCUACCAUGCCCUCCAUACAAUCUGUUUCUCAGUUACAGCCGUUGCAGCCUCCCCAACUCCUACGUCCUCCUCAUCCACCUCAGCAUAUUAGGCCGCCCAUUUCAGCCUCACCUCAGGCAGAGCAGAGCUUGUCUUUGCUGCAGAGCCCUGGACAAGUGCAAUUGCAACCCUUACAGAUUUUACAACCACCCCAAGUUUCACCUGCUAAUGGUUAUUACUCGUCAAUGCAACAAGAUAGUAUUCAACAUACGACGCAACAACAGCGAGGUCAAAAUAAUCAACCACAGUUUCAGCAUCAGCAAGGGCAUGGUACACAGCAGACAUCAGAUGAUAUUGGAUCGUUGCAGCACUAUUUUAGCUCCGCGGAAGCUCUUCAGUCCCUAUUGAGUGACCGUGAGAAGCUUUGCACACUUCUGGUGCAGCAUCCUAAAUUGAUGCAGUUGCUUCAGGAAAAAUUGGGCCACCUAUAACAAGUGUCAUGUGAAACGUGAGGACGUCGCACUACUUGACUUUGUUCCCCAUCCUCGUUUCAAGAUUAGGAAAUUCAAUCUCUUUUGGAUGAACAGAAUGUAGGGUGCCACCAGAACAUGUAUUAUUAUGUGUUUGUACUAUAUAAAUUUGUGUUAAUAAUAGCACUCUGAAAUUUUGUGUUGUGUGCUGUACAGGUUUUGUAAUUAUAUUAUUUGUCGGUA